AUGGUUACUGCUGCUCCGCUAAACCACCGCCUCAAAACAUCUUUAUUUAAGAUCCAUCACUCAACUUUAGAGAAUGUAUUAUUCUUGGGUGAGAUUUCACUUGUCAUCUGUCUGCUUUCUUUUAACUCCCAGGCUCAGACAGCCCACCUGGUCUUGGAAGAUGGUACCAGGAUGAAAGGAUUUUCCUUUGGGCACAAUGCUUCUGUAGCUGGGGAACUCGUCUUCAAUACUGGCCUGGUUGGGUACCCUGAGGCCCUGACUGACCCCAGCUACAGAGGUCAAAUCCUGACCCUGACCUACCCAAUUGUUGGGAACUAUGGGGUGCCCAACACCCAGGAGGUGGAUGAACUUGGCCUGAGGAAGCACGUGGAGUCUGACUACAUUCAGGUGUCUGGUCUACUGGUUCAAGACUACAGCCACGAGUAUAGCCACUGGAAUUCUGUCAAGUCUCUGGGUCAAUGGUUGCAAGAAGAGAAGGUCCCUGCGCUCUUUGGAAUAGAUACCAGAAUGCUGACCAAGAUUAUCAGAGAUAAGGGAACAAUUUUAGCAAAGAUUGAAUUUGAUGACCAGCCAGUAGAGAUAUCAGACCCCAACCAGAAUAACCUUAUGGCAGACGUUUCAACAAAGGAAAUAAAAGUGUUUGGAAAAGGCAACCCAAUCAAAGUAGUGGCUGUUGACUGUGGUAUUAAACAUAAUAUAAUUCGGCUGCUGGUGAAGCGAGGUGCAGAGGUACACCUGGUGCCAUGGAACCAAGACUUGUUGAGUUUAGACUACGAUGGCCUGUUCAUAUCAAAUGGACCAGGAGAUCCAUCUCUAGCCAAGCCUCUCAUUAACAACAUACGCAAGGUGCUGGAGAGUGAUCGCACUCAGCCGGUGUUUGGGAUCUGUAUGGGAAACCAAAUCACUGCUUUGGCUGCAGGAGCCAAAUCAUACAAACUGCCUAUGGGUAACAGAGGUCAGAACCAGCCAGUGUUGAAUGUGAUGACAGGACAGGCCUUCAUUACAGCACAGAACCAUGGUUACGGCAUAGACAGCGAGUCCCUGCCAGAAGGCUGGAGCCCACUUUUCAUCAAUGCUAAUGAUGGCACUAAUGAGGGCAUCAUGCACAACACUAAGCCUGUUUUCACGGCCCAGUUUCAUCCGGAGGCUAAGGGUGGUCCCACUGACACAGAGUUUUUAUUUGAUGCCUUUUUAUCUCUGAUCAAGAAAGGGAAGGAUGCCAACAUAGUGUCAGUCAUGCCAAAAAAACCCGACAUCCCCCCCAGAGCUCAGGUUUCAAAGGUCCUUGUACUGGGGUCUGGUGGACUUUCUAUUGGUCAGGCUGGAGAGUUUGACUACUCAGGAUCUCAAGCUAUCAAGGCCAUGAAAGAGGAAAACCUGAAAACGGUUCUUAUGAACCCAAACAUAGCGUCCGUUCAGACCAAUGAAGUGGGCACCAAGCAGGCGGACUCUGUCUACUUCCUGCCUGUUACACCACAAUUUGUAACAGAAGUCAUUAAAGCUGAGCGUCCAGAUGGGAUCCUGCUCUCCAUGGGUGGACAAACAGCCCUCAACUGUGGGGUAGAACUAUUCCAGAGUGGGAUCUUGGAGCAGUACGGGGUCAAAGUCCUCGGAACACCAGUGGAGUCCAUCAUGGCCACAGAAGACAGGCAGCUUUUUGCAGACAAACUUAUGGAGAUCAAUGAGAAGAUUGCACCCAGCGUUGCUGUGGUGUCGGUGUGUGAUGCCUUGAAAGCAGCGGAGCAGAUAGGGUACCCAGUUAUGCUCCGAUCAGCCUAUGCUCUGGGAGGUCUGGGUUCUGGUCUGUGUGCCAACAAAGAAAAGCUGGAGGAAACAGCCCAUAAGGCUUUGGCCAUGAGCAGUCAGAUUCUGGUGGAGAAGUCUUUACUGGGCUGGAAGGAGGUCGAAUAUGAAGUUGUGAGGGAUGUGGCUGAUAACUGUGUCACUGUCUGCAACAUGGAGAACUUUGAUCCUCUGGGCAUUCACACAGGGGACUCCAUAGUGGUGGCUCCGAGCCAAACGCUGUCCAAUGAGGAGUACCACAUGCUUCGUGAGACUGCCAUCAAGGUGGUACGUCACCUGGGAAUAGUGGGUGAAUGCAACAUUCAGUACGCUCUACACCCAUCAUCCUUGGAAUACUGCAUCAUCGAAGUUAACGCCCGGCUCUCGAGAAGCUCAGCUUUGGCAUCCAAAGCUACUGGGUACCCAUUAGCUUUUGUUGCUGCUAAGUUAGCUUUAGGAAUCCCCUUGCCAGACAUCAAAAAUGCUGUGUCGGAGAAGACAUCUGCCUGCUUUGAGCCAAGUUUAGACUACAUUGUCACCAAGAUUCCUCGUUGGGACCUUGACCGUUUCCAGGGCAUGUCCCUGGAAAUAGGCAGUGCCAUGAAGAGUGUUGGAGAGGUGAUGGCAGUGGGCCGGACGUUUGAGGAGAGCAUGCAGAAGGCCUUGAGGAUGUGUCAUCCAUCUGUGGAUGGCUUUGUUCCCCGGCUGCCACUCAAGAAAGCCUGGGGCAACACCCAGAACCUGCAACAGGAGCUGGCUGUGCCCUCCAGCACCCGCAUUUUCUCCCUUGCCAAGGCUCUGCAUAAUGGUAUGAGUGUUGAUCAGAUCCAUCAGCUGACGGCCAUAGAUAAGUGGUUCCUUCACAAGCUUCACAGGAUAACACAACUGGAACAAAACAUCAGAAACUACAAAAGUGAUACAGUACCCAAGGAAAUGCUUUUGAAAGCUAAGCAGCAUGGCUUCUCAGACCAUCAGGUCGGCCAGACUCUUGGCUGCAAUGAGAACGCAGCCAGAGAGCUGAGGCUCACUUAUGACAUCAGACCUUGGGUCAAACAGAUCGACACCUUAGCAGCCGAGUACCCAGCAAUGACCAACUACUUGUAUUGUACUUAUCAUGGUCAGGAACAUGAUCUAGAGUUCAAAGAUCAGGGAAUUAUGGUUCUUGGUUGUGGACCUUAUCACAUUGGCAGCAGUGUUGAGUUUGACUGGUGUGCAGUGUCCAGCAUCAGAGCCUUGAGACAAAUGGGCAAGAAGACUGUGGUGGUCAACCACAACCCUGAGACUGUCAGCACUGACUUUGAUGAGUGUGACCGUCUUUACUUUGAAGAGUUGACCCUGGAGCGCAUCCUUGAUAUCACCCAACAGGAGGGCUGUUCUGGUAGCAUUGUGUCAGUAGGAGGUCAGAUUCCCAACAACUUGGCCAUGCCGUUGCACCUUAAUGGAGUGAAGAUUCUAGGGACAAGCCCUCUGCAGAUUGACAGGGCAGAGGAACGCUCUGUCUUCUCCAGUAUUCUGGAUAAUCUUGAGGUGGCCCAAGCCCCUUGGAGGGCGCUGAGCUCACUGGAGGAUGCGUUUGCAUUCGCCAACGAGGUGGGUUACCCCUGUCUCCUACGGCCCUCUUACGUGCUCAGUGGCUCUGCAAUGAACGUUGCGUAUGGAGAAGAAGAAAUGAAACGCUUCCUGGAGGAGGCUACACAGGUAUCUCAGGAACAUCCAGUGGUCAUCACAAAGUUCAUACGUGGAGCCAGGGAAGUAGAAGUAGAUGCUGUGGCUAAGAAUGGCAAGGUUCUGGUCCAUGCCAUAACGGAGCAUGUGGAAGAUGCUGGGGUACACUCUGGAGAUGCAACACUGAUGCUUCCAACCCAAACCAUCAGCCAGGGAGCUCUAGAGAAGGUUAAAGUCGCCACCCGGAAAAUUGCACAAGCAUUUGAAAUUUCAGGGCCCUUUAAUACACAAUUUCUGGUUAAAGGCAAUGAUGUCAUGGUAAUAGAGUGUAAUCUGCGGGCGUCACGAUCCUUCCCUUUUGUCUCAAAAACGAUUGCCGUGGAUUUUAUCAAUGUGGCAACCAAAGUGAUGGUGGGAGAGCCUAUGGAUGAGUCCAGCCUUCCGUCACUAGAGAAACCAAUCAUUCCCAUAGAUUACGUAGGAAUUAAGGCACCGAUGUUCUCUUGGCCAAGACUGAGGGAUGCAGACCCCGUGCUUCGCUGUGAAAUGGCUUCCACUGGAGAAGUAGCUUGUUUCGGACCAAACAUUUAUUCAGCCUUCCUGAAGGCUAUUCUCUCCACAGGUUUUAAGCUGCCGCAGAAGGGCAUCCUGAUUGGGAUUCAACAAUCGUUUCGACCAAAUUUCCUAGCUACAGCACACCAACUAAAAGAGGAAGGCUUCAAGCUCUAUGCCACUGAGGCCACCUCUGCCUGGUUGUGUGCCAAUGAUGUUCCUGCCAUUCCAGUCGCCUGGCCAACUGAAAAGGAUGGAGACACAACAUUGCCCAGAAUAAAAAGCUUGAUCAGUGAGGGUCAUAUUGAUCUGGUUGUCAACCUGCCUAAUAACAACACUCGCCACCUGAAGGAUAAUUUCCUCAUUCGCAGAAUGUCUGUUGACCAUGGAGUUCCUCUCAUUACUAAUUAUCAGGUGGUGAAGCUGUUUGCUGAAGCUAUUUGUAAUGCACGUGAGCUUGACACCACCAGUCUCUUCCACUACAGACAGAAAGAAAGCCAACCAAGAUGAACCAGUCAGCAAGGCCAGUGA